AUGCAAUUAAUACAAUAAUUUAUAUAGAAAAAUUUCGAAGUAUCAUUCAAGAUUUAUCAUUCUAAUAUUUAAAAAGCAUGAUUUCCGUUAAGCUUUCUUUAAUUUUUUCUCUCUUCAUUUAUAUAAAUGCGGAAACCUAUUUCAGUGAUACAUUUCCAGGAGAAUCAUUAGGAUGGAAACCUACAAAAAAGACCGACAAGGAAUAUGGUAAAAUGGUAAUGUCCGCCGGAAAAUAUUUUGGAAAAGAUCACAAAGAUGAAGCAAUAGGACUGCAAACUUCUAAUGAUGCCAGAUUCUACGCCUAUUCUACCAAUUUCCCUAAAUUUUCAAACGAAGAUAAAUCAUUAAUAAUACAAUAUCAAGUUAAACACGAGCAAAAUAUAGAUUGUGGUGGUGGUUAUAUUAAAUUAAUGCCAUCUACAGUGGACCCUGAAUCUUUUGAUGGCACAUCUGAAUAUAAUAUCAUGUUUGGUCCUGAUAUUUGUGGUGCAACCAAAAAAGUUCAUGUUAUAUUUAGUCACUAUGAUGAUAAAGAGAAAAAAUUAAUAAAUCACCUUACAAAUAAGGAUAUUAAAUGUGAAGAUGAUGAAUUGUCUCAUGUUUACACUCUAAUUGUUAAACCUGACAAUACUUACAUUGUUAAAAUUGAUGGGAAAGAGGUAAGUUCUGGUUCUAUAGAAGAUGAUUUUGGAAUAUUGCCACCAAAGACAAUUAAUGAUCCUACUUCUAUAAAGCCAGAUAAUUGGGUGGAUAAAAAAGAAAUGGAUGACCCUACUGACAUGAAACCUGAAAACUGGGAGAAGCCUGAAAAAAUACCUGAUCCCAAAGGAAUAAAGCCAGACACCUGGGAUGAUGAAAUGGAUGGUGAAUGGGAAGCUCCUAUGAUUGAUAAUCCUGAAUAUAAAGGAGAAUGGAAGCCUAAACAAAUUCCAAAUCCAGAUUAUAAAGGACCUUGGACACCUAAAAUAAUUCCUAAUCCUGAAUACAAAAGUAAUCCAUUACUUUAUCGUUAUAGUGAUAUUGGCGCAAUUGGCUUAGAUUUAUGGCAGGUCAAAUCUGGAACCAUCUUUGAUAAUUUUAUUAUAACCGAUGAUGAAAAAGAAGCUGAAGAUUUUAUGAAAAAAUGGGAAGCCAUCAAAGAUGGUGAAAAGAAAGCUAAGGAAGAACUUGAUAAGGAAAAGGCUGACAAAGAAGCAAGCAAGAAGCCUGAAACAGAUGAUAAAGAUAACAUGGAAGAAGAAGAUGAUGAGACAGAGGACAAGGAUGCAGAAGAUAAAAGUGAAGAGCCAGAAGAAGGACCUCAUGAUGAAUUGUAGAUUUGAAAAAAUUUUGUUAACAAAUUGGGUUGUUACUUUUUCAAAAUUUUUCUAUUUGGGUUGUGACUUAAUUUAUAUAUGAGACCUGAACGCUUUUAUAAUUAUGUUAUUAUAUGAUAUUAAUAUAUUUUUAUAAAGUUUAUAGCAAUGUGAUUCUGAUAAAUUUGUGUACAGAUGAUUUUAUAUUACUAUUAUAAAUAUUUCCAAUUUUAUAGUAUAUUAUUUGUACUUAAUAUAAUGUCUCCAAAUUUUUCUAUUCAAUUAAUUAUGAUAUAUUGUAAAAUCUUGGAUUUUGUAUAUUUGAACACAAUAUUUUUUUAUAUAAAAGGUGAUGGAUAUAAUAAAUAUAACAAAAAAUAAUAUUGUUUAAA